GACAGAUUCUCUUGGCUUUAAUCGAUUCAUCUUACUAGUCAACUUGCUCUUGACAGCGUUUUGCAUGGAUGCGAGCUUUAGAACUCAUUUUUUCAAUGGUGAAGAAGAUUUGGCAUUUGUGAGAGUAGGAGCAGUAGGUGAAAAUUGGGCCAAGAUCCAUGCUCGAAUUCCACCUCGUGGUCAAACAGGUUCAGAACUAUUUGAUUCCGAUGUAGUCUCAGUGGGUGCGAUCGUGAUCUAUCGACCAAUGAAACCUGUUGGGGAUUGGAUAGUAGGCCCCAAAUUGUUUACAUCUAAUGAAACUGACUGGAAUUCAAUAGUUAAGAUUGACGACCUAUGGCCUGGUACAUUCUAUGAAUAUCGGUUGACAUCCCUGACAUCCCCCAACACGCAUCAUGAUCGGUUCCCUGCCGUGGGGCGUUUUAGGACGGUUCCCGAUCCGCGCCUUGCGUCUAAUGCGGUUGAUGGAGGAGUUUUUUCCUUUGCGUACACAAGCUGUAUCAAACCUGGUUUUCCUUACAACCCUCUCAAAUCACCCCUUCAUAAUGAGGGAGCAGAGCAGCUAGCCGAAAUUGCUCAUGAGCGACAUUUGGACUUUGUAUUGUUCCUUGGUGAUUUUAUCUACGCCGACUCGCCUUUCUAUGCUGGAAAUCGAGUACAAGAUUAUUGGAGAAAGUACCGACAAUCUUACGCAAGUCCAGGAUGGAGAAAGUUAAUGCAGUCCAUCAGGACUAUUCAUAUCUAUGAUGACCAUGAGAUCUACAACGACUGGGCAGGUCAGGACAACGACGCGGACCCAACCUUCCAACCAGCAAACCAAGCAUACAAGCAUUAUCUCGGCGAUGCUAACUAUGAUGGGCCUGGAAAGGGCGAGAACUAUUACUGGUUUCGACAUGGCGACGCGGCAUUCUUCGUAUGGGACUGCCGUCGCUAUCGAAGUCCAAACCACCAAUUUGAUGAUGCGGAGAAGACGAUGUUGGGUCCUACUCAGAAACAAGUUUAUCUUGAUUGGCUAGGAGCUGUCAACGCGACUGUCACUUUUAAAUUUGUGAUUUCAUCGACUCCUUUCAUGACCCUUUGGAGCGGUCCAGAUGGAGCGGUCGAUACGUGGGCUGGCUUUACAACCGAACGCUCUGAGCUGAUGGAUGUAAUGCAGAAUAUCCCGAACUUGAUAGUCCUCUCAGGUGACCGGCACGAAUUCGCUGCUGCCACGAUCCGUGAGACUGUGAUGGAAUUUUCGACUUCACCACUAAACCAGUUUUGGUUACCUAUCAAAACACUCAGUCAAGAGAAUGGACUUGGUCAAACUGGAGAGGACAAACUGUUGAAAUACAUUCCAGAGGGUAAUCAAAAAUUCUCGACAAUAACGAUAGAUACAAGGGACUCGAAGCAUCCUAAGAUGAAAUUUAAUCUGUUCAUUGACGGUACAGUCGCUUGGAAUUUAACGUACGAAGCAAAGCCAGUAACGGAACCACCAAAGCAACUAGGUGAACUGUUUCCUAGCUGGGAACAUUUUAUGAACCUAAUGCAGCCAAUGAAAUGGCUCAGUUUUUAGAUAAAAUACCAUCCAGACCACUUACUUCAUGGCAAAGGCUGAUAAAAGAAAUGCUUUGGGAUCCCAAAGAAAGGAUUGAUCGAUGUUUGACUUACUAGAAACUGUUUCGGGUAGUUUUUUCAAUCUGAGAAUUGUGUAAUUGAUUUGUUUUUAUAUUAUAUAUAUAUUGAAGGUGUUUCAGUGGAUGAUGGAAUGGAGGAAAUUAACACAAGGGAUUGAGUGGAUUUUUUUUACCGAUUUGUAUCUCAUCUGAUAUCCAAUCAUAAAUGAUACUUGGAUUAUAAUUUUCUAAAAAAAUAUUCAAUGAAAGCAGGAGCAUUGGCACAAGAG